AACCAUGUUGGAGAGUUGACCCAAAUAAAGGCCAAGGAUCUUGACGUGCUAGAAACUAACAGGAAAGGGCUGAAGGAUGUACAUGUGGAGAAUAUUAAACAGUGACUUGAUCUGAGCUUCAUGGUAAGGUCAGGCUUCAGUAAAGCUCAGGAUAGUGGGUGGAACUCGGGAGUGGGACAACUGACCAGACAACACUGUCUGCAGUGUCCCAGGCUAGAGCGAUUUCCUGCCUUGGAUAUCUGUCUGUCCAAAUAGACUUACUUCAAAGUGUCUGUGGGAGCAGAGAGAAUUGAGAAAAAUGAAGCUGACUCUGGUGCAGAUCUUCUUUAUGAUGUUGCUGCUCCUGCUGGGCCUGGGACUUGGCCUGGGGCUGGGGCUGCAGAUGGCUGCAGCAGUCCUACAGGAGAGCGAUCAGACCCUGAGCGAGCUGUGGUCCAGUGACUCCGAGGACAAGACCAAGGCCACUCAAGGAGAGGGCAGCCAAACUACAGAAACCUUGCUGGUUAGCAACAAAGGAGUGGUGCAACCGGGCUGGUCUGAAGACACCGUCCUUGGGGAAGACGAAGUUCAGGGAAGCAAGAUGCUCAGAGCUGAGCCUCUCCUUCCCAGCCACAAAGACUACCUUAGGUCUGACUUGAUGACCAGGGAGUGUAACAGCCUGAUGUCACACAAGCUGAAGGAACACAACCGCACGUGCAUAAGCCAGUACACGUUCAUCCACGAGGAUCUGGAUACAGUCAAGGCUGUCUGUAACAGUCCUCCAGUUGCCUGUGAGCUCAAGGGGGGCAAAUGCCACAGAAGCUCCCGUCCUUUCGAUUUGACGCUCUGCAGGCUGUCCAAACCAGGCCAGGUCCCUCCUCACUGCAAUUACCUCACUGUCAUUUUUGAAAAGUAUAUUAUUAUAUCCUGUAAUGACUCGAAGUUCCAGAUAACGUCUGGACAAUGAAACAACUUACCUUCUUCAUCCUUCCUCUUCACCCUUCUCCUCUUUCUCUUCCUUUUCACUUCUCUCUCCUACUGGUUUCCUCCUCCCUGGUGUUCUGGAUAAAAAGGUUCUGGGAAGAGAGGCUGGCCUCCUCUGGAUCAUUCUCCCCUGAGAACACAGGGCUUCUUUUCCCCCAGGCUUCACCCAACUUGCAGUUCGUUCCUAGGGCUAGAGGUGAAAGAAUAGGAUAACGAUCUGUAGUGUCUCUAGGUCUUCCCGUCUGCCCUGCUCUGGGAGGAGAUAAGUGAAGAACUGCUCUAGUUUCUGUGGUGACUCUGGUCCUCAGCCUGUUUCCCAGUCCCUUUGUCUUUGGGUGUGGACUGUAAGAGGUUGACGCAUCCUCCACCCACGUCCUUCCCUGCUGCAACCAUCACAGGAACCUCCUGGGCUUUCCACACGCACCUGUGAGCUGCGGAUGGAAAUGAGUGACUCAAGCUGUGACUGCACCUGGUAAACCACGUGGGUCAGGUUUUUUUCUUGCAGCCCUCGAAAGAGAGGACUAGUCGUCGGGCUGUGCUGGGAAGGUGCUGAGUGGCACAGACAGAGCUAGAACAUGUGAUGGGGCAAGGACAGUGCUCUUUCAUUUGACCCUUCUCAACUUUUUUCUCUCUCCUCCCAUCUUCUACUAUCUGCCCUUUUGUCUUGCUUCUUUUUCCAUCUCUUUGUUUUUUUCUUUUACAUACCCCUCUUACCGCCAACCCCCUUCCUCUGUUUUCCUUUUCCUCUACUUUUUGGGCGCUCCCUGUUCGUUCUCUGAAUCCCUUUAGAAAUUCAUUCAGCCACUUAAGUGUCAGACUCUAGAUUUCAGCUUGGGUUACGAUCUCAGGGUAGUGGGAUUGAGCACUGCCCCCCAGCUCUGUCCUCAGUGGGAAUUCUCUUCUCUCCC